UUUGGCCCUGGAAAGCGUACGACGAUAAUUUCACAGAGAGAGAGAGAGAGAGAGAGAGAGAGAGAGCUCUGAAUCAAACCCAUCUUCCUCCGUUCUCUCCCACUUUCUACACGCUUUCUUUCUUCCCAACCUCUGCUUCAGCUUUAUCCUUUCGAGAAUUGGUUUCUACUCGUUCGAAUCCAGUACCCUGCAGGAACGAUGAUUAAGCUUUUUAAAGUGAAGGAAAAGCAGAGAGAGAUCGCAAAAAACGCCGAUGGAAAACCUCCUGUCAAGAAGCAAUCUGCAGGAGAAUUGCGUCUUCAAAAAGAUAUCAGUGAACUGAACCUGCCAAAAACAUGUAGUAUAUCCUUUCCUAAUGGCAAGGAUGAGUUGAUGAACUUUGAGGUCACUAUUCAUCCUGAUGAAGGAUAUUAUCUAGGUGGUACAUUUCUCUUCUCUUUCCAAGUUUCCCCUGUCUACCCUCACGAGCCACCAAAAGUGAAGUGCAAGACAAAGGUGUAUCAUCCUAAUAUCGACUUGGAAGGAAACGUUUGUCUCAAUAUUUUAAGAGAGGACUGGAAGCCCGUUCUGAAUAUCAACACUAUAAUAUACGGAUUAUUUCAUCUUUUCACGCAACCAAAUCAUGAAGACCCCCUCAACCACGAUGCCGCUGCUGUUUUGAGGGAUAACCCAAAGAUGUUCGAAUCCAAUGUGCGAAGAGCCAUGGCUGGGGGUUACGUGGGGCACACUUUCUUCACACGUUGCAUGUAGAUUCUACAUGAAUUGUAAAGCACCAGAUACAUUAUUCGAAAGCACGGACUCGGCAAGGUUGUCGAACUUCUGUGGUAAGACGACGUGUUUAGAGGACUUUCUGAUCAUCAUCGACGCAGCAUGAAGUCGUUAGUGAUGCAGGUGGAACUUUGUUGUGUGUUUGCAGUAUUGGUUUCAAAUGGAAGUUGGACUGGGAACUGAAACUCUUAUCUGUGUAUGUAUUUCCUCUAAUUUAUGUUUAAAGACAGAUUGCUCGAAGUAUAAGGUAUGUUUUUGGAGCCUCCCUUCUUUUUCUUUAUCAGAGUCUCUACAACUGUGGAUGUAAAUUUACUGAACGGAAUCACUAUGAUUUAUUUCCUUAUAUAUUUCAAGUUUGUAAAACAAA